AUGACAGAAGACGAAAAACGAAGUUUCUUCACCCUUUCAUCUUCACGAGCUCCAGGCAAGCGACAGAUUAAGCCAAAUGCUAAUAUUUUGUUCGAUGCCAUUCCGCUUAGCGAUAGUGAUGAAGAUGAUGAUUUCAUCGCUGGAAGAACUGGCGAUGAGUUGUCGUCUAAUUCGGAUUUGUCAAGCAAUGAUGGCAAUGGAGAGAAAGACGAUGAGAACGACAGUGUUGCGCAAACUUCAGAUUCGAGUGAAUCAGACAGUAGUUCUGAAAAGCAUCGGAUAAAGGAUACAAAACCAAAUAUUAUGGGUGCAAAUGGCUAUAAUAUUCAGCCGGAUCAGUUGAUCUGUACAUUGUGUCUAAAUCAGCGUGCUGUUGUACGUAAUGAUGAAGUCAUUCAGUGUGAUAAAUGUGGAGUAGCAGUACACGAAAAUUGUUAUAUUACCGAAAAUAUAGGGGAUGCAGAGAGUGAUGGUUCCAGUUCAUCAACAGAACCAUGGUUCUGUGAGGCAUGUUUAUAUGGGCUCAAAGAACCGCCGUAUUGUGAGCUAUGCCCAAAUAGAUUUGGUGCUUUUAAAAAAGCAGACAUUGGCGGUGGUUGGGUACAUUUGUUAUGCGCGCUGUACACUCCAGGUAUAACAUUUGGUGAUGUGGAACGUUUAUCAGCUGUUAGUUGGCAAGAGCAGGACUACAAAUUGUUUGGCAAGCGAGCUUGUGUUGCAUGUUCUGAUCAACUGUUAGCGCGUACGGGUAUUGCAGUGCCAUGCGAUGCUGCACUGUGCAAAAAUCAUCUUCAUGUCACUUGUGCACAAAGAUUAGGUUUAUUGAUCGAUAACACAGAGAAAAGCGUUGAUCCGAACUUGUCAAAUAGUACGAAUACAAAUAAUAAUACUUUAGCAGCUUAUGAUGUCGAAACAGUAGAUCCACUUUAUUUGACAUGCAAACGUCAUGCAAAUGAGAAUCUGAUGAAGCAGCGAAAAGCAGUGUGCGAGUUGAUGUAUAAACAGGAGGAAGCGAGGAUGUUGGGAAUUCGAAGACGAGUACUGAAUGAACGAGAAGAACGAAAAAGGAUACAAAUGCUGGAAAGACACAAAAAAGCAAUGAAAGAUCUGGAAGGUAUUACAAUUGCAUGGCCUGAGCAUGACAACAAGCGUCCGCGCUUGUUUCAUACAAGUGCCCAGUAUCUUGAAUUGUUUUUUGAAAAAGCAAAAAGUAGUGGGAUAAGUCGGCAGAAAUUUUUGGAAAAUUUCAUCAAAGUUGACGGCGCUCAACUACCAUAUCUCCCUCCUGGUUUUUCGAGUGAAUUUAUUCAGUAUUUCAAUCAUCGUAAAAAUGUUAUCCCGGAAGAAACUGAGAAACUCGAAAAACUGAAGCGGGAAAACGAAAAACUACGAACUGAACAGAAAAAGCUACAAGAAUUAUUGCAGAAUCCUGUAGCCACGUUUUUUGAUGAUUCAAAAGUGUUACAAGAAUGGUAUGAAACGCUACAUGCUUUGGGAUUACGAAAGCUUGAAAAGCCAUCACCUCCAGUUGAAAAUAAAACGAAGAAAGGUUCACCGAGAAAAUCUCAAAACUCUGUAGCAGCAAAAAGUCCUUCUACCAGCAAAGCUUCGACGUCAGCAAAAAUUUGUGAAGGAAAAAACAGUUCGUUAGAUAGUGUUGCUAUUGAGGGGAUCGAUCUAAAGAUAAACUCUUGCGAUGAGUGCAAAAAGGUGACUGAGCAACAUUUGUUAACUCAAUGUGAUAAAUGUUAUAAGUAUUAUCAUUUGGCAUGUCUGGAACCACCUCUACUGAAAAUGCCGAAAAAGACAAGUACUCAGGGUUGGAUGUGUUCACUGUGUUGUGAUGUGAGCAGUGACAGCGAUACCGAAAUGGCAAAAAUAUCAUAUGGUGGUCCGAGAAAGUUAAGAGAUCGGUCUUUGGCUUCAGAAAAGCAAAAAGAAACAGAGGAAGUUGAGUGCCAAGCAAUACUGUCUGCGAAGCAGCCUAAAACCGAUAAUAAAUGUCUGAGCAAGACCAUGACAGAAGAAACAAUGAAAACAAUUAAUUCGAGCCCUACAAAUAGCUCAGGCCCGACAACUGCUGCUCGUAAGCGACGCAGUUCAGAUCGUCCAAAGAAAAAUUCAUUUAGAGAUUUUAAUGGGAUCCAUCAGCAUAAUAAUUUGGUCGCAAAAAGAGUCCCUAGCUUAUCACCGGUGCCUCAUAUGCCAAAACGAGAGCGUCGUCGCAGUGUUAAUUCGUUGCCGCCCACACUUCCAAAGUUCAAAUCAAAUGAAACUGCUCAUUUCAAAGAGGUUGCUCAAAGCUAA